AUGUCGUCCGCACAAGAGUUCCAACAGGCUCCUCACAAGCUCCUCGUUAUUCCUGGCCCCAUUGAAGUGGACAACAGGAUCCUCUACGCCAAUGCGUCGCCCUCGGUCUCGCACGUCUCGCCGGCGUUUAUCUCCAUCUUCGGCGACUGCCUGCGCAUGCUCCGCACGAUUCUCUACGCUGAGAAGACCGGCCAGCCGUUCAUGAUCGCCGGCUCGGGCACCCUCGGCUGGGACCAGACCGCCGCCAACCUCGUCGAGCCAGGAGAAGAGGUUGUCGUCCUCAACCACGGUUACUUCGGCGACUCGUUUGCCGAGUGCCUUGAGGCCUACGGUGCCAAGGUCACCGUCCUCAAGGCACCCAUCGGCGGCAUCGUCGACGAGAACGAGCUCGUCAAGGUCCUCAAGGAGAAGAAGGUCAAGCUCGUGACCAUCACCCACGUCGACACGUCGACCGGCGUCCUCUCGCCCGUGGAGCGUUACUGCGAGCUCAUCCACAAGACCUCGCCGGACACCCUCAUUGCCAUCGACGCCGUGUGCGCCGCCGGCUCCGAGGAGAUCCGCUUCGACGACUGGGGACUCGACGUCGUCGUCACCGCGCCGCAGAAGGGUCUCGGUGUGCCUCCCGGUCUUUCGCUCGUCAUGGCCUCCAAGAAGGCCCUCGGCGUCCUCGAGAAGCGCAAGGCUCCCGUCACCGCCUACUACGCCUCGUGGCGCCGCUGGCUCCCGAUCAUGCAGGCUUACGAGGCCGGCCAGCCCAAGUACUUUGCCACUCCUCCCGUUCAGCUCGUCAACGCCCUCCACGUCGGCCUCAAGCAGGUCCUCGAGGACAAGCCCUCGCUUGAGGAGCGCUUCAAGGUCCACAAGCAGGUCUCCAACUACGUCAAGGACGAGCUUGAGAAGAUGGGCUGCGGCUUUGUCCCCCUCGACCGCGCCAACUCGGCCAACGGCAUGACCGCUGCCCGCUACCCCAAGGGUAUCACCGCUGCCGACGUCCUUGGUCCCCUCGCCGAGCGCGACAUUGUCGUCGCUGGUGGCCUCCACAAGGAAAUUGCGUCCGAGUACUUCCGUGUCGGCCACAUGGGUGUCACCGCCGUCGACCAGCAGCGUGGCGACAUUGAGAAGAUCCUCAAGAAUGUCAAGGAAGUCCUUGACAUCGCCCGUGCCAAGCAGGCAUGA